UGUUUCGGCUUGAAUGAAUCAGACUAAAAGGAAACCGCUACCUGCUGUAGUUUGCUGAGAGCCUUUGUCUUGGUUGACAAGUUUUAUACAGCCCUCGAGCCUCUUAACCUGUCUCUCUCCUUGAGAUGCGCACCCCGUGAGACUUAAUUUUUGAUACCUGAUACCUAGAAGUCCACAACAAAAAACAUAAAAUGACUACCACUCAGCAACUAGACUUUCAACAGGCCAUGAGAGACUUCAAAACCAUGUUUCCAGGCAUGGACGAUGCUGUGAUUGAGGCUGUUCUAAGAUCCAACCAAGGUGCAGUGGAUGCAACUAUUGACCAGUUAUUAGCUAUGAACACAGACUAUGAAAACGAACAGCUACGCCAUCAACUUGAUGAGGCUGAUGGCCCGACUGACACACCUGAUCUCAUUCAGUCGGUGGCUGCCUCUGGAGCAAGUGCAGGAGCUUGCGGGGGGGCCAUCCCAGACAACAUCUCAAGGCUUCCCCAAAGCCCCACUCACAAUGGAAAACCUCCUCUCCGAGAGAUCAAAGGAUGGGACCCUCCUAUGUUGGGACCAUUACCAGAUGACUUCCUGAGACUGACACCUUCCCAGAGCCACAAGCAGACGAUGAUGCUAAGCCAGCAGAUACUACAAGCGAGGUAUGCCGAAAAUCAGAGGGUAAGAGGAGUGCUGGGGGACAGUGCUGCUGAUCCUGACCUAGAUCAAUUUUUGGAAGAUGAGCGCAUUGCCCUGUUUCUGCAAAAUGAGGAGUUUAUGGCUGAGCUCAGGUGGAACAAAGACUUUCUUCAUGCACUAGAAAAAGAGCAAAGUGCUGAAUCCCCACCAGGUGAAUUGCUGAACAAAGCAUCUGGUGGACUGCCUGAUGAUGACUUAUUCAGAGAACGUCUUCGCAAUAUGGGGAAAAUGUCUCGCAAGAAAUUUGCUCAAUUGGCAAGGAUGUUCACUGGACGUAAGAAAAGAAGUGCGAAACAAAUACUGGGACACAGUGCAGGCCCUUCCAAAGAUUCACUUCUUCUCAACUCGGAGCCGUUGCUGUCUGCAGAGGACGAGGACAAUGAUGGGGAGCAUAGCAACACUCAGGACAGACACCAUGAGGGAAAUCAUUUAUAAACCACCGUAUUCCUGUUGUGAUAAACUUGAUUAGACUUCUGUGUAAGUGUUUAUUCAUCAUUGACUGAAGACUUAAUUGUUCAAGGUUUAUUUUGUUACUUCUGGAGCAUCAGCAUUGUAAUUUCACAUGCUUUUGAAGUUGCCUCCGUUAUGUGAGAGAGCCAUUGAAAGUUUUAACAUACCAAACUUACUAAUACUCAAACUGAAGUUGAAAAAUGAGUAGGUGUGCCUGUGUUCAUUUGUGGUUUAUUCCUCAAAAAUGUUUCUAAUCUCAAAUUAUGGCAUUUUGGCUCACACCCCAAAAUACUAGUACUUACUCAUUACAAAAGUAUCUUUUUGCUUUAUGCCACCGUUUUUCCCCCCUGUAAAUAAGCAUCAUGGGCUUUACUAGAAUAUAGUAACUGGCAAAUUCUCAAACAUUUUACUUUGAAUGUAGUAAAAAUUGUUACUCUAUUAUAUUUGUUAGUCAAUAAUAAUAAUAAUAAUAAUAAUUUAUAAUGGGAAUCUCUAAUACAAUCCUAGUUGUAAUAUACUCAAUGAAAAACUGAAGAUAUUGUUUAGUCAUCUCGAUCUUGAUCUCUCUGCUUAAUAGGUCCUGCUUGCUGUUAAAAGUUGUGAUGCAACUAGUGAAAGAUUGUUAAUUGUUGUUUGUUUCUUAUUGUUGUUGUUCUUUACUUUCUCAGUGCUUUGGUUCCAUUUAGUGUGUUUCUUAAUCAAUGUAUCAUAUCGUUUUUAGAACCCCGUAUACUAUUGUUUAGUUGUAUCACAUAUCAAGAGCUCUUUUAAAUUGUUAAACCUGGAUGGAUAUUUGGGUACAUCCUGUUCUUAUGCUGAUGAUAAUUGGUUUACUUUACAUAAGCCGCUAGUCAUUUUGUUGAAUUUGUUUUCAGGGCACUUAACAUGUCCAAGGGUGACCUCACUCUCAACUUGUUAAAUCCUAUUUUUUUAAAAUUUUCUUUUCUUGUCUUGCUUCUUUAUUUUUUCAGCCACAGUGCUGCCUGUGACCUCUUUUGUUAUAUUGUAAUAUUUUUUCACACCCAGUUACCAUUGUUUAUUAUUUUUAACCAUCUGUUGCUUUGGUCUCAGCGCUGUAGGUUUUUCCCUUAUUAUUUAUUUGCCCUCCACAUGAAAUGGUGUCAUUCAUGCUGUUGUUUAAUUUUAAUUGUAAAGUAGCUGUAGUAAAUUACAAGCAGGUGUUUGUCCAUUUUUUCUAUGCAAGCCAUACAGUGAAACAAACUUAGUCAGUGGAAGAAGUUUGUAGUAGGAUCUCCUUUAUACUCUCAUACCAAAGAAACAUCAGGGUACACACAUCCCACUGUUGUGAAACUUUUGUGAGUAUUAAUAUUGAUCUUAUAGUCAGCAUGUACCAUUGGCUCUUUUAAGAAAUGGCAAUAGGGGAAUGCAAAGGCCCCUAAAGACUUUGAGUGAGAGACAAUAGAUGCCUGAAAGUGAACAUGCGUGUAUUCUUUAUUAUGUCCAUUUCAGGCAUCAUAUUGGAACAAAUUAUACCCUAAAUGACAGCCCACUUAUGUAGUCAGUGGAACAAACUAUAAUUUAUAUGUAAAUACUUCACAAGAUCUGUUCUUAUCAAAUCUUGUGGUGCCAAUGCAAAAAGCGGAAGAGAUUUCAUCUGAAUUUGUGAUCUUGAUUUUGUAAUUGUGAGAUUAGAUACGUUUUCAAAAAAAAAUUGUUAGUUUUUUUCAAUGCAAUAUACUUAUUGUUGGUAUGUCUCUAGGUUUUAUGGACAGUAAAUCUUUCACAUUUUUGUACCAUCCUAUUUCUCCACAGAAGAGACCUGACAAUGCCCCUUUAAUACCAUGGCAGUGUAAAAUGAUAUGAUGGAAGUACUGUAUACUAGUACUGACUUUUAGGUUGCUGAUAAGACUCAAUGUCUUCAACCCAUAUGUUAAUAAAUACGCAUGGAUGUA